CCACCCCUAAAAAAAACUCAGAUACUUCCAUACGUUUCAUUUCACUGUGUCCUCCUUACAUUCAUGGCAGAAAACAGAAUAAGAAAAACCAAACCUUCAAAUUUUGCUCAAAAUUCGCAACAUUGAAUAACCCAUUUUCAUCUAAAACAAUCUCUUGUGUUGGAUCCAACAAUGGGUUUCGAUUCGAAUUUGGGAGGUUCACCAUCUUCAUCUUCACCUAGUAGCAAACGCACCAGAGACCCCGAAGAAGAAGUUUAUGUCGACAAUCUUCGUUCUCACAAACGUUACCUCAGCGAGAUAAUGGCAUCAAGUCUUAAUGGAUUAACAGUUGGAGACUCACUUCCUGAUAAUCUCAUGGAAUCUCCAGCAAGGUCUGAAAGUGCUUUCUCUCUAAGGGAUGACAUGUCUUUACAAUAUUCACCAAUGUCCGAAGACUCCGACGACUCAAGGUUUUGCGAGACCGGCUUGCAUAGUUGCUCAUCCCAUCCGGAUAGCCGACCCGGCAGUCCAGUUUCUCCAUGCAGAUAUCAAAGAUCACAAAACACAUUUUCUUCAGCGCCUUCUACAAGUUUAAAUGGAUCUCAUGGCUUUUCAGUCUCAGCAGUUACUUGCUCCCAGCCUCGUCAGCGGAGCUCAGACUCCGACGGCCGCUUCCCAUCAUCUCCAAGUGAUAUAUGCCACUCUGCUGACUUAAGAAGAGCGGCACUUCUAAGAUCUGUGCAGAUGAGAACACAUCCUCCUGGCUCUGCAUCUUUGGAGCUGCCAUUUGGUUCAGGUCAAGAGCCUCCUCCUAAUAUUGAUCCUGAGGAAAGGCCAUGCUCAUACCUGAAAUCUAUGGUUGACGAGAGAGAUUAUCAAAUCGAAGAGUGUUCGCCGAUUGGUAUUCCUGAACCUGAGUUUAACCAUGACAAUAAACCUUGCAGGGUCUUGAAUAUGAAUCCAAAAGAAGCGGAUUCCGGAGGUUAAUUACUAAAAAAAAUUGUUAGUCUCUGAUGUGAAAGGGUUGCAUGUGUGUUUUUGACCAAGAAGAAAUGGCUAGUGUUUAAUCUUAUUGGAAUAUGUCCUCCCACCAUGGCAUUAUUUAUCUUCUCCAAUAAAUAUUCUCACUAGUUCAUUAUUCAAAUUCAAUACAAUUUUAUCAAGCGUGUGAUUGGUAUUUUAAAAAGUUGCGGUGUGACUGCACAUUUGGUUGAAGCUAACAAUUGGAGCUUCAGAAAACCUGCGGUGAGAGGGGCAUAAAAUGCGAGGCGGCGGUGACCUGCAGGGUUACCAAACACCACAAAUCACAAACAACAAUGUCAAAAGCAUAUACAAGCUAUAACAAGCACAACAAAGCUAUAACAAAUUCAGAACUCAACCACAACAAAUAACAGAACAUUUAAAUUUGAGGCUUACCUUGUACGAUGAAGAUGAAAACAAUGAUCAAACACGGUUUGAUGGCUACAAUCUGAAGAUUUAGUUCUAAUAUUUCUUGGCAAAAUUUUUUUCCCUUAAUUUGAUUAGUCGUAUAAAAAAAAAAAGGGACAAUACACUAUGUUGAGCAAUGUUUAGUAUCA